GAAAGAACGUGGAGAGUUGAAGCAGCUGGUUUCUAAUGAGAGAGAGAGAGAGGGAGAGAAUGCACGAAUAUUUAUCUUGAAGUCUAUAUUGUUCAGACGUUGGGAUAAAAUGGUGCCUACCAUUUUGAUCAGCACAUUUUUGCUUCAUUUUACUGCUGCUGUAGCUUCAGAACCGCAAUAUAUCCUAUGGAUCUCCUCUGUGAUGCAGAGUUAUUCUACAGAAAAAGCCUGUCUCCACCUCCUAAACCUUAAUGAAUCUGUAUCCUUGAGUGUUGUCUUAGAAUAUGAUGGAUCCAGGACCACUAUUUUUGACCAGUCUGUGGAAGAGGAUAACUUCUAUGCUUGUGCAGAUUUCAAGGUCUCUCAGAAGUCCUCUGAACAGCUGGCUUUUGUGACCUUGUUGGCCAAGGGAGAGACUCUUAAAAUCUCUGAAAGGAGAUCUGUAGCAAUCACUUCAGAGGCGACGGUAACUUUUAUCCAGUCAGAUAAACCCAUCUAUAAAUCUGGAGAGGAGGUUCGAUUUCGCAUUGUGACACUGGAUACCAAGUUCAAGCCUAUUAAGGAUUUGUAUCCUUUAAUCACAAUUCAGGAUCCUCAAAACAAUAGGAUUUCUCAAUGGAAAAAUGUGACUUCUUUCCAAAAUAUUACCCAACUCUCAUUCCGAUUGACUUCAGAACCAAUGUUUGGAGAUUACUCCAUUGUUGUGAAAAGAAAAUCAGGAAAGAUAGUGACACACCCAUUUGCUGUUAAGAGAUAUGUGUUGCCCAAAUUUGAAGUUAAGCUCAGUGCACCACAAACAGUAACUAUUUCAGAUGAGGAAUUCCAAGUGGGUGCGUGUGCUACGUACACCUAUGGCCAACCUGUGCAAGGGAAAGCCCAAAUCCGGGUCUGCAGAGAAUAUUUUCCUUCAAGCAAUUGCGAGACAAACAAUGAAAUAUGUGAGCAAUUUAUUGUACAGUUGAAGAAUGGUUGUGUUUCUCAAAUUGUAAAUACAAAAGUUUUCCAACUCUAUCUUUCUGGAUUAUUCAUGACACUUCACAUCAGUGUAAUUGUUACGGAAUUUGGGACAGGUGUGCAGAUCAGUGAAAAGACCUCUAUUUCUAUCACUCAAUUUCUUGGAAGUGUAAACUUUGAGAACAUGGACUCUUUCUAUAGAAGAGGGAUUCCCUAUUUUGGAACUCUUAAAUUUUCUGGUCCCAAUGAUGUACCUAUGGUGAGCAAGUUGUUGCAACUGAAUCUCAAUAACAAAUUUAUAGGAAAUUACACUACAGAUGAGAAUGGUGAAGCUCAAUUUGCCAUUGACACUUCAGAUAUAUUCGAUCCGGAGUUCAACCUGCAAGCCACAUAUAUUCAACCUAAGAGCUGCUAUCUUCCCAGCUGGUUGACGCCCCACUACACGGAUGCUUAUUUCUCAGUCUCACGCUUUUACUCCCGAACCAGUAGCUUCUUGAAGAUUGUUCCUGAACCAAAGCAGCUUAAAUGUAAUCAACAGAAGAUUGUUACUGUGCAUUAUUCCCUAGACAGCAAAGCCUAUAAGGAAGACUCAAAUGUAAACUUUUUCUAUUUGGUGAUGGUAAAAGGAGCUAUUUUCCUCAGUGGGCAAAAGGAAAUCAGAAACAAAGCCUGGAAGGGAAGCUUCUCAUUCCCAAUCAACGUCAAUGCUGAUCUGGCCCCCGUGGCUGUCAUGUUUGUCUACACCCUUCACCCCAGUGGAGAAAUUGUGGCUGACAGUGUUAGAUUCCAGGUUGACAAGUGCUUUAAAAACAAGGUUAGCAUAAGGUUCUCUAAGGAGCGGGCGCUACCCGGCUCCAACACGAGUCUCUAUCUUCAAGCAGCCCCGGACUCACUCUGUGCACUUGGGGCUGUGGAUAAAAGUGUCCUUCUCCUGACAUCAGAACAGCUGCUGUCGGCUGAAAGUGUGUACAACCUGCUUCCAAAUAUAGAACUCCAUGGUUAUUUCUAUGAUGGUCUCGAUCUUGAUGAUGGCAAGGCAGACCCUUGCAUUCCUGAGAAGGAAAUGUUUUACAAUGGUUUGUAUUGUAUACCUACAAACAACUAUAGAGAUGGAGACAUCUAUAAUAUUGUUAGAGAUAUGGGUCUGAAAGUCUUUACCAAUCUCCAUUACCGCAAACCAGAAAUAUGUUCAAUGAGAGGAAGUCUGCCAUUCUCUGGGCCAUUACCUUUAAGAAAUUAUGCACUGAAGCAUAGCUUCCCUUCUAUAAUUGCAGCCGGUGAAUCCAUGGAGAUCAGUGACUAUGUAGAGCAGGCUGUAAUAGAAACAGUAAGAAAAAACUUCCCAGAGACAUGGAUAUGGGAUCUCGUCAGUGUCGAUUCCUCAGGUUCAGCGAAUCUUCCAUUCCUCGUUCCUGAUACUAUCACCCAAUGGAAGGCAAAUGGCUUCUGUGUGAAUGGCGAGGCUGGAUUUGGCGUUUCAUCAACAGCCACUCUGGAAGUCUCCCAGUCUUUCUUUGUUGACAUUGCCUCCCCCUUUUCCGUUGUUCGAAAUGAACAAUUUGAUUUGAUUGUCAGUGUCUUCAGCUACCUGGAUACAUGUGUAGAGAUUUCUGUUCAGUUGGAGGCAUCUGAGAAUUAUGAGGCAAAUCUCAACACCCUGAAAAACAAUGGCAGUGAGAUUAUCCAAGCUGGAGAGAAGAAAACAUAUGUCUGGACUGUUAAACCUAAGAAGUUGGGUGAAGUGACUAUCACUGCAGUUGCUGAGUCCAGACAAAGUCGUGCUUGCCCACAUGAAGCAAAUGAGAAGCAAAAUCUAAACUGGAAAGACACCGUGGUCAGGAGCUUAUUGGUAGAGCCUGAAGGUAUUGAGAGAGAAACUACCCAGAGUUACCUUAUCUGUACAAAAGGUACCAAAGCCUCCAAGCAGGUAGUUUUGGGCUUGCCAAAUGAUGUUGUAGAAGGAUCCAUCAGAAGCUUUUUCACUGUUGUGGGAGAUAUUCUAGGACUUGCAGUGCAGAAUCUGGAAGAUCCUCUCCAAAUAUCCUACAGAAAUGCAGAGCAGAAUGUUGCCCUACUCGCAUCCAAUACCUACAUCCUCGACUACCUACAGUCUACUGAGCAGCUGACAGAGGAACUUAAAUCUCAGGCAUUCUCUCUCUUAUCUAAAGGUUAUCAAAACCAGUUGUCUUUCAAAAACUCUGAUGGUUCAUAUGAUAUGUUUUGGGCAACGAAUCGGGAAGGAAGCAUACGGCUCAGUGCCCUUACUUUUAAGACAUUGGAGAGGAUGAAAAAAUAUGUAUUCGUUGAUGAAAAUGUUCAAAAACAGACCUUAAUCUGGCUUUUAAGCAAACAGAAAAGUAACGGCUGCUUUGAAAAUGAUGGCAAGUUCUUCAGCAACACCUGGGAGGGUGAAGAUGAAAAGGACAUUUUCCUCACUGCAUUUAUUGUUGGAUCCCUCUUUGAAGCUGGGCUCAAUUUCACUUUUUCUGCUCUACAAAACGGGCUCUUUUGCCUAGAGGAGGCAGUGGAAAACGGUGUCGCUAAUGGUUAUAAUCAUGCAAUUCUAGCUUAUGUUUUUACAUUAGCUGGAAAAGAGGAGCAAGCGGAAUCCUUACUCCAGGUGCUGGAUCAAUCUGCCACAAAAAUCAAUAAUGUUAUAUACUGGGAAAAAGAUAAGAAAGCUAAGACAAAAGAAUUCCCACCCUUUAUUCCUUGGGCACCUUCUGCUGAGACUGAGAAGACUUGCUAUGUGUUGUUGGCUGUCAUUUCCCGGAAAAAUCGUGACCUCACCUAUGCUAGUAAGAUUGUGCAGUGGCUGGCCCAACAGAUGGAUUCCCACGGAGGCUUCUCUCCCACCCAGGACACAGCAGUUUGUCUUCUUGCCAUAACACUCUACAAGAAGUUAACCUUCUCUAAUGAUCAAAACACUGUCACCUUUAGCAGUGAAGGAUCCAAUGAGGUUUUCCAGGUUAACAGUGAGAACCGCAUACUGGUCCAGCGUUCAGAACUAACAAAAGCACAUGGACAAUACACAGUAGAUGUGGAAGGACAAGGUUGUGCAUUUAUCCAGGCCACCCUUAGGUACAAUGUGCUAGUACCUCAGAAGGAAUCUGGAUUUUCCCUUUCCUUGGAAAUAGUAAAGAAUAACUCUUCAGAUGUAUUCCAGGCUAAUUUUGGCCUUAUAGUGACUCUCCAAUAUACUGGAGUUCGCAAUGACUCCAAUAUGGUCGUUGUUGAUGUGAAAAUGCUAUCGGGAUUUACUCCAGUCAUGUCAUCCAUGGAGGAGCUUGAAAACCGGGGCCAAGUGAUGAAGACUGAAAUCAAGAAUGACCAUGCCGUUUUCUACUUAAACAACGUUUUUAGAACACCAAACAGUUUCACUUUUUUUGUUGAGCAAAGCAACCUUGUGUGGAACAUUCAGCCAGCCCCAGUCAUGGUCUACAAUUAUUAUGAAAAAGAUGAAUAUGCCCUUGGCUUUUACAACAUCAAUAUUACUUCAGUUUCCUAGUAAGACAAAAAACACAAGAAAAGGUGGAAAACUAUUUCUUUGGAAAACUCAUUCUUCUGUAUCUAACUUGGGAGAGAACCAUGAACCACUUCAUAUCCUGAAUAAUCUGCAAUCUGCUAUAAGUUUCCAGCUUUUAUUUCUUUACCUAUCCCAUUAAAUGGUGUCAUUUCA